CUGCGGCGCCGGGCAGGGGCCGGGCCAGCGGCGGGGAGCGGCCCGCCCGCUCGGGCCCGGAGUCUCGGCCGUGCCGGCGCUGCCGCCGAGCGGAGCGUUGCUUCCUCCUUCCCGUCCCUUCCCUUCGCCGGGGCCGGCGCCAUGGCCGGGGGCGCUGGGCCUGCCGCUCUCUGACACCCGCCUGCCCGCGGAGGCUGCUGCGAGCGGGGCUCCUCCGGGCAUCGGAAGGGAGAGUGAAGAAUUGCCCUUGCCCCGGGCGGAGCUGCCCCGUUCUCCUGGAGCCCGGGAAGGAAGGACUGCAAAGGGAACCUCUGGACGUUUCAUGUUUCGUCAGCCCGGCAGAAUUUUGGCUUUGAUUCCGUCUUGCUCGUACCUGUUCCUGGAGAAGAGGCACCGUCCCGCCAUGUCUCGCUACAGCCUCCACAACCUCCUGGACUGGAUGUAUGGGGGGGUGGACCCCAGCUUUGCCGGCAAUGGAGGGCCGGAAUGCGCUGCCUUUCUCUCGGGGAAGCAGCGCUUGCUGGAGAGUUUGGUCUUCCUCAGCGUAGGCAUCGUGGAGAUCCUCCUGUCCUUGGGGAAGCUCAGGCAUCUGCACCUCAGGGAGCUGGAGAAUCUGCUGCAGCAGCCCCAGACUAAGCAGGAGAGCUUGGGCAAGAACGUGCUCCUGGUGCUGCUCUGCCUCAUCUUUGGGCUGGAGGUGGGCUUCAAGUUUGCCACCAGGACUGUCAUUUACCUCCUGAAUCCCUGCCAUGUGGUCACCAUGAUGCAGAUUUUUCUUCUCGCCUGUCCCCCAUGUCGGACUGCAAUGAUUCUCUUCAGGUUGCAGAUGCACAUGCUGAACGGGGCCCUGUUGGCAUUGCUGUUUCCUGUUGUUAAUACACGCCUGCUCCCAUUUGAAAUGGAAAUUUAUUAUAUCCAGCAUGUGAUGCUUUACGUUGUGCCCAUCUAUCUGCUGCAGAAAGGAGGUAUCUACACUCCAGAGCCACUCUGCAAUUUCUGGUGGGCUCUUUUAUCCACGGGGUUUAUGUUUGUGUAUCACUUCAGCAUCUUGCAGAUUCUGGGACUGGUUACAGAAGUGAAUUUGAACAACAUGUUGUGCCCAGCGGUCUCAGAUCCUUUUUACGGGCCCUGGUAUCGAGUCUGGGCGUGUGGACAUCAGACUGUCAUGACCAUGACCCAUGGGAAGCUUGUAAUCCUACUGUUUUACAGUGCUGUCCCCUUCUUUAAAUGUAGCAUGGACUUGCUCAGACUCCCAGCUAAGAAAAUAGACUGAAAUUUCUCCCUGUGGAGUCGUGCAGGAAGCAGAGACACCUAUACUGGAAAACCAGGAGGAGGGAUGAGAGGACAACGGCUUUAUACUUCUCCCCACAGUUUAUUGCCUCAGAAACACCUUUGUAAUCAAGUGAGGGGUUUUUUUUACCUGCUGUUUCUCACUGCCUAUUGCCAAUGGCAAAAUUAGUGGCCUUAUUCUGGGAAAGGUUUGUGUUUUAUACAUUUUGUAUAGAUUACAGUAGAAUCUUGCUAAGCCACCAUUUAAAGUUAGGCCAGGACCUGUCCACAUUCCAGCAAAGAGAGUGGCAGUGCUACCUUGUUUUGACUAAUUUUCCAUUAAAUAUAAGUACAGUUAUAUCAUGGGAUAGGAAAUAAUGCUGCAUUGCAACACUCCAGCGAUGUGAACGAACACAUGUUGAACCACAUCAUCCUGGCUUAACUCUUAGAACCUGAAUGUUCCAAAGCAGCCACAGGAAACAAUGUUAAUCUCCCAGUUGUAAGUGCAAAGGAGUGAGGUUCUACUGUACUUUCUUUAAGCUGGUUGAAAAUGUUGGGGAACAAUAACUCAUUCAAACAAUACUUUUUUUGGUUUGUUUUUUAAAUCAACUACUUAAUUCUUAAGCUGCUGUGGAUAAAUAUCCAUCUAGUGAAGUCCCAUCAUAUCUUGAUGCUUUGGAGAUGCUUUUAUUUGGGUGAAUAGAAAAAAAUCAUGUUGAAAUAAUUUCAAAAGACCAUGUUAUGUAUAAGCCAUGAUAAGAUAUUGCAUCCACUCUUCUGUCCAGACUUUGAACAAAAUGUUUUUUCACUUAGCUUAGACCGGAGAAGGAGUGGAGAUACAAAAUCCAUUGUAAAGAUCAGAGUUCUCUUUUUUUUUUUUUUUUUUUUUACUUAGUAGCUUUUGAAACAUUCCUGCUCUGUCUACACUGCUCCUUGCUGAGUAGACUGGUUAAAAAAGGAACAAACUGAAACUGUUCUCUCCCUACAGCUCUUUUACAUUCUGUGUACCCAUUUUAAAAUACAGGUACAAACAGGAAUGUCAAAUCAGUGCAGGCCUCUACUGAAAAGAACAUGUUCCAGUUUACUGGUAAGAAUAAAUCUUCUGUCAACAUGUCUUUUGGAGAACAGGAUGUAGAUGGGCAGAAUGAUAAACAGUGAAGUGUGUACCUGUUCAAAUUUUGCAAGGCUAGAGGAGAAACUGUUGGGCAGAAAGAUGGGAAAACCCGAGUGUGUUCUUCCAGAACUGUGAGUCUGUGUCACAGGCUGUUGGGUUUUGAGGCUGCAGGUUUUUGUUGCACAGAAGUUUGUUGCAAUUUAUAGAUUCAUUGUGUUAUCAAAGCUGUGACUUGUAAGAUAAAGCAAAACCACCAUACCUCCUUCAGCUGGAUCACCUGAAGGGAUGUUCUGAAGUUAGGGUACAGUCAUUUAUACCUCAGGAGGGAAAAGUAAGAACAAGAAGUGGUUGAUUUUGGGCUUUUUGUCUGUUUGUUUUCCUUAAAAAAGAAAAAUUUUCAUUGGCGAAGGAAGAAAUGGCUACUUCAAAUAUUUUUAUUCUGUAUGAUUAAAAAAAGUACACCUCGAUCAGAAAUAUAUUGUCCCACAUUCUGAUUUACAGACUAGUUUCUGGUUUUCUUCCCUGCCUUGCUCUGUGUGUUUGUAUGUGUACAUAUAUACAUACAUAUAUAUACAUAUAUAUAUAUAUAUAUACAUAUAUACAUAUAUAUAUAUAUAUACAUAUAUAUACAUAUAUAUAUAUAUAUAUAUAUACACACACACACACAUACAAGAGAAUAGAUACAUGUAUGCUUACAAUUUGAGAACAUGCAGCAUAUACCUGAACUAUCCCUCAGGCAUAUACAGCUGGUGUGAGUUACACAGACUAUGUGGCUCCUCAUGUUUUUAAUUAGAAUUCAACUCAGAAGAUAAGCACCUGAUUUAACACAAGUUCACUGUCAGUCAGUGUUGGUACACGAGGAAUUCCACUGUGGACUCUCCCUGCUGCCUCAGGAAAACUGGGAAUAUCUUCUGAAGCAUUUGUGGAGAGGGGCCUAAAGAAAGAAUGUGUUGGCAUUGAAGGCCUGAAUCCAUCUGUGGAAGAUCACUGGAUGGAAGGGAUGGAAGUUCUUGCUGGUUGUUUCAGCAGAUUCAGUCCUUUGUGAUGGGCAUUGCUGGGAGAUGCCAAUGCUGGAUGUUAAAGCCUGUCCCUUAUUAAUAUACUUCAUCCCCUGUGCAGUGCUGAGCAAAAUACUAAUUCUUCCCAACCUGUAGCUACUGUCAACUACCAAUCAUGGUUUAUUUAUUUACUUAAGAAUUCGGCAAAAUGCCUUAUGUUGGAUUCAAUUCUGUUUAGAAGGAAUAUUUAGUAUUACAAUAGAAUGAUUUUAGCCAAAUUUUGCCAAAUACUAUUUAGCAUUAUUAUUUGCUUAACUUAAAGUUUUUUGUUUUUUAAAAAAAUCUUUCCUGUUUUUUAAAGAAUCUUUCCUUUUUUUCCCCUCAGAAUAUUGUAGUUACUAGAAACAUUUCUAUAGGUAGCAGUCUUUUUUUUUUUUUCUUUUUUAAACUAUAGCAUUUCCUAUUUAUAGUCAUAUGCUUCAGGGCAUUCCAAACAAGUAUAAAGCAGCUGCUGUUUGCCACCAUUGACUGCCUCUGGUCAAUUAAAACUGCAGGAGCAUUUAAAUGAGCUCAGGUGUCUCACUCAGUGCAGGCUCUUUGCUUGGAAUGCAAAAUUUGUGAGCUCUUCUGGCUGACUUAAAAUUCAGUAGGAGGAAUGGCAGAGCUGACAUGAGGGAAAUCCCUGGGCAGUUUGGCUGAAGGGAUUCCAGGUGUAGUUGUACCUCUUGCACCACUGGCUGUGACAGCAGAGCCACUGAGUGGUCACUGCUGCCCUCCUUCCCACCCUGGAUCAGAGCUGGCUGGUGGUCACUGGGCUGACUUGUGCUUUUCCCUGUUAUGCUGGUCCAAAAAAACCUUUAAGAUCAUCAAGCCAACCAUUGACCCAGCACUGCCAAGCCCACCACUAACUCAUGUCCCCAAAUGCCACAUCUACCCAUCUUUUAAAUACCUCCAGAGAUGGUGACUCCACCACUUCCCUGGGCAGCCUGUUUAAUGCUUUGCAACCCUUUUGGUGAAGAAAUUUUUCCUAAUAUCCAAUCUAAACCUCCCCCGGUGCAACUCGAGGCUGUUUCCUCUUGUCAUGGUGCUUAUUUCCCAGGAGAAAAGACUGACCCCCACUUGGCUAGUGACAAAGUCCACCUUGAGCCUCCUCUUCUCCAGGCUGAGCCCACUCAGCUCCUACUCAUCAGAUUUGUGCUCCAGACCCUUCAGCAGCUCUGCUGCUUUGUUUUGGAUGUGCUCCAGAGCCCCAAUGUCUUUCCUGUAGUGACAGGCCCAAAAGUCACAAUUAUUCCCUCCCUCCCUGUGCCCCUUUUUGAAGGCUUUUAAAACUUAAUAUAUCAUGUUUGGUGAUGGUGAGCCACCACAAGGAACUGCAUCCACAGUUCCUUGAGAGAGAAGGGAGAGCGAGGCUGAGAGCGAGGGUGAGGCUCCACUGAAGGGAGGGGCAGGUCAGAAUGGGAGCAGAAAGGGAACAAACUUUUUGAAGAAACCAUCAUGGACCUUCACAUCCUUUACCCUUUAUUCCUCAUCUAUCUCUGGUAUCUGUUGGGAAUGUGCAUCAGCCAGAGCUUGUUUCAUGUGCAUGCAGGAUAUGGGGAAGAACGGGAAAGCUCCAUCUCUGUAGCAGGUAUUUGUUGUUUUCCCUCACAGAGGCUGAUUUUUCUUUUCCCCUAAAGGUUUCUUUUGUAGGCAUACUAUACAGAUGUACACUAUACAGAUGAUUUCUUUGGUUGCUUUUAUGCUUAUUUAUGCUGGAAAUGAAAGAACAAAACUCUCCUGCUGCUCCUGGGAGCUAACAGCUUUCUCUGCUGGGGUAUUACGCACACAAUCUAUGUCAAGAUAACUUGAAGCUGUUGCCCGGUACCUGGUGCUGAGAUUUUACAGAGCUGCAGUGCCGUGUACAAGUGAAGGGUUGUCCUGGUCCUCCUGGCUAAAUGUGCCCCAGUCCUUUGUGGUGGCACUCACAAUUAUGGCAACACUGGCAAUAGGUGGGGGCAGGAGUUGGGCUGGACAGCCACGCCCGCUAUUCCCCACUGCCGAAGCUGAGUGUAAAAUCUCACCCCAAAGUGGGCUCAUUUACUGUCCAAGAGCAAGUUGGGCACAAUCCCAGAAAAAAAUCCUUGUGCAGUGCUGCUGCCUGGCCUUCACAGAGACACUGGUAUGUAUUAAGGGGUCUGAACAGAGCCCUCUAAUAGUACUGUAGGCACUUCAAAAGAAACAAGGAGCAAGGAAACUGCUCCUGCUGCCACCGAGUGGCUACAUUUCCUUCCAAAUGUACCCAUAAAUGGAGCAUUAUUAACUUUAAUAAACUUGUUUACUGAUGGGUUUGUUUAUCCAGCCCUCCAAAGCACAGAAGGGAGCCAGUAUCAUUUCUCCACCCACUACCUUGUGCCACAGCUUUAGCUGUCCAGGACCCCUGCAGUGCUAUUUUUCCAAGGACUCAGACACUGAACAGUGUCUGAGCUUUAUCUAUUCAUUUAUUCAUUUAGCUUCUUGCUAUUUAAGCACCGAAGGAGAAUUUGCGUCUUGUUUCUUUUGAAGGGUGAAAAUGAACCGUGCAUGUAUAAACUGAUGAAAAGCCAGUCUGUGAACACGCACCUGGAGCUGGUUUUGGUUCAGCUUCUUACAGUUCAAAAAUGCUGCUUAUAGGCAAAGCCUACGUGUGCUUGAGCAGCUGCUGCCUUGCUGAACUUGGGAGACAGGAAAAGUCAGUCCAUUUGCAAAUCUUGAGGUGAGAGAGCACCUAAUUGUAAUUUCUCUUCCUGGCCACAAUCAGGGUUUUGAUAUUUGUGUAUAUUUGAUAUCAUUUUGUAAAGCCCAAUUGUAUUUUCCUUUCAGAAAUGGUAUUUGCAACUGUUAAAUGACUGUACUUUUAUGUCCUAAGUCUUGCAUCUAAACCAGAAGCACUUGUUUUUCUAUGCAUCCAUAGCUAAUGGAAAAUAGAGUUGUGCUGUUUUCUUGUGUUGCAGUUGUUUCACUGGAGGUGGAUUCUUAGGAAUUAAAUUAGUCCUAAUUGUUAACAAAGCUCUGAAAAGGCCAAAAGGCAGGAAGAGGGCCCAGUCAGCCCAGGUAGGAGGUGCAAGGUUUCUGCAGGCAGACAGGUCAGCUUUGAUGCUUUCAGUUUUAUGGUGACAAGACUCAUAAGGAAUCUGUUGAUUUUGUGAUCUCGUACUCUAAGUGAUAUUGCUGUAAAUCUGUCUUGCAGCUGUUGGUGUAACUUAGUCAAAGCCAAGCUGUUUUAUAAAUAAUUUUAUUUUUCUUCAGGGUCAAUUUUGUACUUUUUUAAAUUAUUUCUGCAUUUACUGAGUCAUUAUCCCAAUGCUGCAGAGAACGCAGCAGGCAGACCAGUGAGCACUCCCUGCUCUCCCCAUCCACGCUGUGCCAGGGAGCUGGAGCUGGGCUGGACCACAAAGGGGUCUUUGGAAACUUGCAGAUCUGGUUACCCCACCCUCUAGUUCCAGCACAGCGUUGUCCAGGCACAUAAUGGUUUGGCAAGGGCAAGGGUGGACGUGGAUGAGCUCAACUGCCACAUAUGCUGUUAGUUCUGAAUAAUUUGUAAGAGUGUUAUGAAUUUUGUAAACUUUUUAAUGUGCUAAACCUUGGUUAUGAGGUAACUUUACAAAUACGGGGUAAUUUGUGUACUUGUUUUUGUAUUUCGGUCUGAUGAUGGGAUUUUUUUUGUUGUUGUGCCCUAAGUACAGAUCAUUGGGCAAAUAGUUGUUAAAACUUUGAAUUAAAACAAAUAAAUGCAUUUUAAUGGA